AGUUUUAAACUAUUUUCACAACUACAAUUAAAUACAUUUAUUGAGAUAGGUGUGCGUGAUGCUCAAGACAAGACGUACUCGUGAACAUCAUGGGCCUACCCCUCAUUCCGUUGCAAUUAUUGCCAGACCACCACACAAGAAACCCCCAGACAGUCUGAUCUUGGAGAGAAGGAAGAAAGAUGAACAAAGACUGAAAGUCCAGGAGGAAGUUAUGCAGCAGAAGCAUUACGAUCUCAAGACCCAGUGGGAGAAAGAGACGGAUGUAAGAAUUCAGAAGAACACUGUAAAGAGACGAGUUGAGACAAUUCUUAAGAAAGAGAGCUUCGAUCUCGAGCAGCGUCGUGAAAAAUUGCGUGCAUUGCUGGAAGCAGAAGAAGAACAGCACUUGACGGAGAUCGACGCGCAGCAAGAGACAACACUUGAAAGACAAGCCAAGAUGAGAGCUAGAGCUAAAGCCUUGAGAGAGAAACGGGAGCAGGAGAGACUUGCCCUAGUAGAGGAGAAACUGGAUAUCCGAUGGAGAGAAGAGUGUGAUGAACUGAGACCGAUCCUUGCACGGCAGCACCAAAACGAAGUGUUCGCAGAACGUGCUAAACAGAUCGAGAUAUCUGGAAUUAUAAAGGAGCGCGAGAAAGAUGAGGAAGGCAUGUACGCCGCGCUGUGGGAGAGUGACAGAAUAAUGAAAAUCGAGCGGGAGGAGAGGGAGUGUGCUGCCGCCAUACAACGCAACAAGGACUGUCUCUCGGUGUUAGAGAAGCAGCUGGCCGCUAUCAGACUACAACAGGAGAACGCUAACACCCUCAAAGCAGAGGAGGCAAGGUUAAUGGAGGAGGAAAAGAAACAGAGAGAGGCGGAGAAUAGGCAUCUUCUACAGGUGAAGAGAACACAACAAACUGAAGCAAGAGAACACCACACCAACCAAAUAAAGCUGAAGGCAAGACGACAGGCAAAGGAACUUCAAGGCGAGCUUGCCAUUGACAUGAAAAUAUUAGAGGCGCUGCUUACUGAGACUGAAAAUGAGAAGGAAGAGGCUGUCAAGAGGAAGGGUGAGCUCCACUCUGAGGCUCAAGCAUACAUGAGGUAUUUGGAUGAACAGAUGGAAAAGGAGAGAGAAGCUGAGCGAGAGUUGGAGAAUCUCAUAGACGAGGAGGUUGAGAAACAGUGGCAGAAACGUGUUCUGCAGUGGCAGUUAGAACGUGAAGCGAGAAGAAAGAUGACAGAGGAAAUGGUUGUCAUAAGAAAACAACAAAUCGCUGAAAAAUUGCAACAACAGCAAGUUGAGAGAGAUGUGCUUUUGAAGGAGCGUGAGGAGUUAAAGGAAGCAUUUGCCGAGCACGAGCAUCUGGAGAAACAGAAAGUUCAGCGGACCCAGCAGCGUAAUUUGGCGUAUCAGUCGGACCUGAUGAGUCAAGUGGCCUACACUUCCAGCAUCAGAGACAGAGAGGAAGUUGAGAGAACAAGAGAGUUGGAUAUUCAGAACCAAGCCGAGGUCAGAUAUCAGACCAAGUUGGCUUCUGCUCUACAGACACAGAAUAUCGAUAGAGCUCACCCACUGAGGCAAUACCACCGCACUCAGGACCGACUGUUCGGGUAGAAUCGUGUGCAAUGGACUUUAGAGAUGAAACUGUUUGUUUGUACUUUUGUAGAUCAAAAGAAGCCAAUGGUCAACCGGAUUACACGCUAAUUAGUAAAAUAUUUUGAGUCAUAUCAGAUUAUUCAGCGCAACGCCAAAUAUUAAUAAAUUCAGACGAUUUCCAUUUUAUUGUACUGCAGUAAAUACUAUCCUGUAAAUAUCCACAUUGUUUCAGAUUAUAGAGUAAAGUAUUUUAGAUUAAACUCGAUUUUAUAUCAUUCAAAGAUUUGGGUUUUCGAACUGUUAAAAAUGUGUAGACUUUAGAAGGACGACCCCUAGAAAGAUGUAUAUUUAAACUUAUUAAAUCAAAGUUCUAAACAAGGGAUAGUUUAAAAAACAACGCCCAAGUCUAAUCUUUCCCUAAAAUGAAAACUAAAAAUCAAAAAUUUCAUUGCAA